AGCAACCACGGAAAGUUAUCUUAACUAUUGCUUGUAAAUAUUAAAUGAGAAAAAAAAAGAAGGGAUUAAUAUUUAUUCAUAUCCCCUCUCCUUCCUCUACCAAACACAGUACUUGUAGCCUUCUGCCGAGUCACUCUAUAACUAAAACCCCAGCCCACCAACCGACCGGAAAUUAUCGACUCACAGAUCCCCUCACCCUUCCUUGCUGCUUCCUAACUAUAGUCUGUCCCACUGGUGUUUCCGCUUUCACCGCUCGCUUGUACGCACGAAUGUGAAAAAGAAUCAAUAAAUUAAGAGUUUGAAACACCACGCACGCUUUCAUCCCUUCCUCUGACUCCUUUGCCAGUUAGCCCUCCCUUUGCUUCCGCCGACCAUAAUUCCACCCUCAGGUAGUGGAAAAGAAGGAAAAGUUUCCCUCCUUCCUUCUCCUUACUCCAUUAUCAUAAUUCAUUCACUACAUUUUAGCUAUAUCCAUUCCAUUCACUCAAAUAGCAGUGAGUACUCAUGGCUUCAACAACCUCCUCUCUCCUCCUCCUCCUCCUCCUCCUCCUAAGCCAUCCAUCCGAGCAGCAACAGACCCGUUCUCUCAGUCCCUUAGACAAGGCUGCGCUCUUUGACGUUAGAAGCGACCUCCGAGACCUCCACGGCUCCAACUUCUUCUCCACUUGGGACUUCGCCGGCGACCCCUGCGCUACCUUCGCUGGCGUCAUUUGCUCCCCUGACGACGAGCAGGGCACCCAAUUCCUCCGGGUCUCGGUCCUCACUCUCGGCACCGGCCUCGCCGACUCCCCCGGCCUCGCCGGCACCCUCUCUCCCUCCCUCGCCAACCUCACCGCCCUCACCGACCUCGUCGUCUAUGCCGGCCGCAUUUCCGGCCCGAUUCCCCGGGAUAUCGGCAUCCGCCUUCGCCGCCUCCGCCUCGUCUCCAUCUCCAACAAUCUCAUUUCCGGUCCAAUUCCGGUCUCCCUCGCCGGCCUCCCCGACCUCCACACCCUCGACCUCGGCCACAACGAGCUCCAGGGCCCAAUCCCAACUCUUCUUCUCCUCCCCUCCUCUCCAAGCCUCAAAGUGCUGAUCCUCGCCUCCAAUGGCGGGCUUUCCGGCGAGCUCCCGAGGGGGAUCUCCGCCGCCCAGCUCCUCCACCUCGACCUCCGUGGCAACUCACUCACCGGCUCCCUCCCCCGGCUCCCUUCCACACUCCGCUACUUCUCCGCCUCCGACAACGCUUUGUCCGGAAAGCUCGACGACGCCUUCGCCGCCCCACUCCCGGACCUCGCCUUCCUCGACCUCUCCAUGAACGCCUUCACCAGCUCGGUCCCCCCGGCGCUCUUCGCUCUGCCCCGCCUAUCCUCGCUCCUCCUCCAGCGCAACAACCUCUCCGGCCCGCUCGCCGUCCCUCCGCCAGGCGGGGAGGCGCCGCCGUCCUGGUCGGUGGUGGAUCUGAGCCACAACAUGUUAACUGGGGAAGUGCCGGCGGCACUCGCGGCGGCGGGGAGCCUGUACCUGAACAACAACCGGCUGACGGGGCCGGUGCCGAAGGAGGUAGCGAGGAGCGUGUACCUGGGGAGCAUGACCACCCUCUACGCCCAGCACAACUACCUCACCUCCUUCCCGGCGCCGUCCCUUCCCCUGCCGGACUCCGUCGCUCUCUGCCUCUCCUACAACUGCAUGUCCCUCCCCUCCACCGCCGCCGCCGCCGGGUGCCCCACCAGCGCCGGCCCCCAGCCGUCCCGACCGCCGUACCAGUGCUCCAACAACACCGCCGCCGCGACCGACGGCCGCGACGGCUGAGAGAGGGGACCAGCAGAAUCAAUUCAAAACAUUGAUUUUAGUUUCCUCCGUUAUUUGUUUGUUCAGAUCCGAUUUGAAUUUGGGAUCCUUUUUUUGUGCUUUGUUUGUUUUUUGUUUUUUUUUUUUUGUAAGCAAACGGUCGGAUUGGAUUGGAUUGGAUUGGAUUGAAGGGGAUUGGGUGAUUGGUAUAUAAUACAACACAGCAGGGUGGGCGGCAGAAACCAGAAAGCCUAAUUCUGCCUUUCCGUGCUCAUUCAUGCUGCCUUAUAUUUUUCAGAUCAAUCUAUUGGACUUUUUUUUCGUCUUGCGUGCCGCGAAAUAAUUAUGAUGAAGGAGUAUCGUAGUCGGCAAGUACUCUCGUGGAGCCAUACUCUGUUCGCCGUCUGAGAGCGUUGAUGAUUGGUCCGCCGGUAGCAAAACCGGAGUGAGUGACAUCUUCAUGCCUGCGGUGGGAAAAGCCCUCGGAAAACAAUGCAUGAGAUCUUCUAGCUCCCAACACUCGAGCUGUUUCAACGGAGUUGUUUUCUUGUCUCGCUUUCGCCUGACAUUGCCGAAGCCAGCCUUGUCGGCGUUCUCAUUUUGCUGGAAACUCCCGCUGGAGAGUUGGCAUUGAUCACAGCGAGGCUCUUUUAAGUUGUAUUUGACUGUGUAAAAAGUAUAAAUGUAAUUCCGAAACAGAUAAAAAUGUGUUCUCUUUA